AUGACUCUUUGGUUGAUUUGGUUUACCCUUUCCAUUUUACAGUCUGGGGACUGUCUGACUGGUCGCAGACUUCAGCUGGACAGACCAGCCGGACCUCCGCAGAAGAUUGUUGUCUCCAACGAAUCUCCGGUUCCGGAUGCCUGGGUAGUUCACGAGCUGGAGCUCUUCUUUGGAUUCUGUCAUGAGGAACGGCCGCUGGACUCCUUUCUUACCAACAUCUGGAGUUCUGGGACACGGCGGGAGAAUGAAGAAGGCACAGAGGCUUUCCGUGCCUUCGAUGGCAGCUUACAGACCAAUUGGACUGCAGACUGCAGGCAAGUCCUUGGGGGUUGUGCUCCUCUCGAUGCAUACAUCGGCCUUGAUGUGAGGGACACGCCUGAGUACGGCGAAGCUUGGACCAACAAGGAUGAACCCUUCAAUAUUUCAGCUCCUUUCAUGGAGAACCUAAAGGUGCGGUGCAUCCGGAUUUUCCAAGACUCAAACCCACUACACAAGUCUGACAUCAUCUCAAUUCGAGAAGUCUGGCCGGACACAACCACCGAGACCGAAGGCGACUAUGUUUUCGUCACUGCACAGGUGCUGGAAGCUGUAAGUGCAGGAAUUUGGUCGAGGAGACCGAGCAUCGAAAACUCUGCUUGGAGGAUUGUGAACCUUUGGCCGACCGAAGAUCCUCUCACCCUGACCGAGGUACAGUUCUUCGGAGAUGACCUGUGCUCGCUGCAGAUCCAUGGGGCCCCGUUCUCCUCUGGGAGUGCUGAUCCGAUCACACAGGGCGAGCAGCUUGCAUUGGAUCUGAACUUGAACAGCCAGUGGCGGGCGAGCUGCCUGGAUGGCUGCGCUGCUCAGGAAGCGUUUAUAGGACUGGACUUUGGUGAUGAAAUGUUGGAGGUCCGGUGUGUGAGGAUGUACCAGUACAAGCCAAAUCCCUUGGCUAUCGUGUCGGAAAGGCCCUCCUAUUCAAGAGGCUUCGACCUGCAGCGCUGGACAGGCAAAGGCUGGCUCUCAACAGAGCGAUUUUGGGACCCAGCAUUCGUCUCCCAGGUAUCAAACCCGGAGUGGCUCCCAACCAUGAUUACCCCUUUUUUUGGCGGUGCACCUGGAGUUUGGGAAGACCUGCGGCCUGCAAACAAAACUGCAUGGCGAAUAAUGAACGAUGAUUGGACCAGUGCCGAAUGGCAUGUCCACGAAUUGGAGUUCUUCGAAUCAGAAGCAUGUGAUGGUCAGAAGCUUGAGGGCGUCGCUCUAGACAUGGUGGGCCCUUCCAAUGCGCAUAUGGCAGCGCUGGCCUUCGAUGGCGAUCCAAGCCACAAUCUAGCGUGGCAGUCGCAUUGUUUCGGGAGUUGCAUUCCAUACGAGGCAUGGCUUGGGUUGUACAUGCGCCCUGCCACGGGAAGUGCCGAGACUUACGACGGGCCGCAAGUGAGGUGUCUGAGGAUAAUGCAGAGCCGAUUCCAGCAGCACACUGCAGCCUCGAUUUUCCUCAGCAGAUACGAGAACGGGCGAUGGGAGGGCCAGGAAACACAUCGUUUCAUCGGAGGUGGAACCUGGAACCAGAGGCCGGCACCGCAAUGGACGCAGUGGAGGAUCCUCAAUGAUGGUCCUAUCAUUGGACAGUGGCGGAUCCACGAACUUGUUGCUUUCAAGGAUCCCUUGUGCAUUGAUCCAGUUGAAGGUGGAAGCCCGCUGGCAAGUGGCUAUUCUGUGUUUGCAGAGGGGCCCGAGAGGCUUUUCGAUGAGAAGGAAAAUCCUCCAUGGGGUGCCGAUUGCCUGCAGUGCAACACGUCUCGGGGUUAUUGGAUCGGGAUGCAAUUGCCGCAUGACACUGAAGAUGCACAGGCAGGGCUCUCACUUCUGCGGUGCAUCAAACUCUGGCAGAGUGCCCAGGUAGAGCAGCAAGCCUUAGGAUUGAAGGCAGAGGUGUGGAAUGGUCGGGACUGGACCAUGUCUACUAUUUCGAGCUCGGGCUUUCUAGAUGGAGGUGGUGGUGGCAUUUGGUCACGCCAGCCCGCAAGCCACAUGACCAAGUGGCGUCUCCGGCCUAAUUUAGCUUUUGAUGCUCACUGGCGAGUUGAAGAGAUUGAAUACUUUGCCGACUCGAUGUGCUCCCAGCCGAUUCGGACGUUCACUUCCGGCAACGGUGGUGCAAGCUUGUCGGUCUCUGGAUAUACGUCAGCAUUGGCAGCCUUCGACCUUGCAGGACGGCCGCCAAUGUGGUCGGAAGCUGAACUUGUUGCCGACGGAGACCAGGCAACCUACACUCUUCUUUCGCACAUGCCUAGUAUGGGUCACCCUGCAUGGGUCUCAGUGGAUUAUCUCUCUGAGUCUGUCUUUGUGCGCUGCGUGCGUUUCAGGCAGGGCCCACUGCCCGUGCAGCAUGCAUUUUCUGUUCAGCUUGAGAUUUGGGAUGGAGCGAAGUGGGGUAGCGAUCCCGAGAUGGCGCCAGAAGAGGUGACCUUGGACGGUUUGGGCGGAGGUGGAUGGCAAAGGAGACCUGCAGCAGCCAAGACGAUCUGGCGAAUCGAGAAUCUUGUUUUUGUUCCAGAAGGUUGGGUGGUGAGUGAGCUGGAGUUCCACCUGCACCCAUCAUGCAAUGCCAGCGCAAUUUCCGGAGAACCAACAGCAAGUGGUUUUGUUCCCCCAGAAAGUGAUUACGGACCACAUCUAGCAUUUGAUGGAAAUGAAAUGACUGCAUGGGUAUCUCAGUGUGCUUCCGUUCAUGAAGAAGAUUGGCCCCUAGGUUACGAGUGGACAGGUCUUCCAGUCGGCUGCAGCCCAUCUCGGGCAUGGAUUGGUCUUGAUUUUGGUGCUCGAAGCCCUCAGGAAGUUCAAUGCGUGAGACUGAUUCAAGCUGGUUACAGUAAGAUGCAGAGUGUCUCAGUGGCUUUGUCGGAGUGGGAUGGCAAGGCCUGGGUGAAACGGAUGGACUUGUCGGGUUUGGGUGGGAGCUCUUGGGAGCAGAGGCCCGCCGCUCCCAACACGAUGUGGAGGAUUCUCCACAAGAUGCAAAGGCCAUCCGUCUGCCGCAAUCAGCUGAGCCGGAUCAACAAGCGCAGCUGGGGUGUGGCAGAGUUGACCUUCUUCUCUGACGAAAGUUGUCUUCAGGCCAUCGAAGGUGGAACGGCAGUCUCAUCCGGGAGCAUUGACUUCUACCGGGAAACUGUGGCAGACCCUCCGGACGGUUACAAUGCCAGCAACAGCCGUGACUCAGGCGGUGACGACAGCAUGCUUACAACGUGGGGUGCCAAUUGCAACUUUGGGUGGAAGCCAACAGGCAUCCUUGGUACACAGGACUCGACACGUGUCAACUGCAGUGGUGCGUGGCUAGGUGUUGCCUUCAUGAAGAAGGCCGUGGAGGUUCGCUGCAUCAAGCUAGUGCAGAGCAGGUUGGAGUCCAGUAUUUGCUGCGAUCCGGCCUCAGAAGCUGAGCUUCAACGCUGGAAUGGUUCUGAUUGGAUCGAGGCCACGUGGAUACGGGACCCACCUCCAGCGGCAAAUCCAGGUGAACGUGUCCAAACAGAAAGGAGCCAUCUAGGUGCACAGUUCAAGAGUCUAGGAGAGUGUCCUCCGGUCUUAUCUGACAAAAGGAUAGAGCUGGAAGUAAUAGAAGAGUGGCGGACCAGAAGGGAUAGCGAUAACUGUCUCAUUCAGCUCACUGGAGCAACAAGCUUGAUGGGAGAUUCCGUUUGCGUGACACAUAGUGCUUGCAGCCGCAAUUUCGGCGAUGAAGGGCACUGCUGCCCCAUGGGAGAUCCCAAGUUUGCCAUCAGCCGGUGUUGUUGCGAUUUCAUCAGCUCGGAGCAAAUUUUCAAUGACACCGAAUCAGCUAUGGAGAAUGAAGAGGACUUGCGCAUCAAGUUCAACUUUGAGUAUGCAACGAUUUGGUUGUCAAACCGUUUGCCAUGGGCUGGCUUGGGGAUUACAGUCUUGGCAUACUUCUCUGCUCUCGGCUUGCCGAAAGACGUGAGGGAGCGCAUCACAGAGUGGUGUCGCCGUGACGGGCCUGCGCCUCGCAGAGGCUUGCGUCUCUGGCAGCGCAGAGUCUUGGCCACGUUCUUGUGGCCCGCUGUGGAAUGGAGAGACUUCUUGGCCAACAGCGAGAGCUCCUUUGCCAGACUUUCGCGGUGGUUCGUUUUGCCAAACGGGGAGCUUCCGAGCCCACUGGAACUACAUCGAGGCCUUCUUUUCUUGCUCUUUGGCUUUUUGUUUGCCGGUAUGGCGCCCUGGAUGGGAAUCGGGAUUAUCGCUGGUGAGGGUGCCCUGCGUGGGCUCAUCGGGGUCUCUGUAGUUAUCCGGUGGUUCAAGUCCAAGUACAAUCCUCUCGAUUUGCGAGACAUGGCCUUGCGAAGGAAGAUCACACGAGUGCGAAUGAAGACCGACGAAGACACCGCCGAUGGGAUUGAUGUGGGCAUGGGCUGUGCCGUGGCGUUUGCUGCAUCUUUGGUGUAUUUCCUGAAGUUCAUCUUCGACAUGCUGAUUUUGAGAGCGCAGAUGAUUUCCAUGGGCAUCAUUGAAAGCAUCGAGGCACGUUUGAUCGUGGACAUCUUUCCAGGCCUUCUAGAGCUUCUUCGUGAGCCUGGCAUGUUGAUCUACCAGAUGAUGGACACAGCCUCACAAGGGGUUUCUGUUGCGCUCACCUUCACCAUUGGCAUGCCCCUCUGUGAGGGCUCUUGCGUUCUGGUUGGAUCUGUUGGCUUGGUGGCGGUGCUUGUUUGUGCUAUGCAAUGGCUGAACUAUGAUCUCUUUGGGCUCUUUGUGGCUGCCCGCAGCAUGUCGAGAUCCACUCGGCCAGAAUGCCAGCGCAUCUUUGCACAGUCGUCGAUCAUGGGCAUGCUAGGGCUGUCGUUUGCCAUCAUUCAGCUCUCCAUGGUGCUCUUCACCCGGGCACUUCUCUUUGCAAACCCCUUCCAACAAACUGUUUGGAUGUGCGAACACGACGACACGUUGGCACUGUACAUGGGCCGGACGCUGCUCUUCCUGAGUGCUUUGGGAGGAAUAGUCUUCGUCUUCUUUGCUGUCAAUGGCCACUUCAUGGGGCAGGACUACUUGCUUGAACGCGUGGGCCGAUUCCUCGCGAUCGACCUGGAUGGCUUGGAUCCGGAUGGGACAGGGCCGGGCGGUGGAAUGGUGCGCUGCAACGUCUUCUUUGCCGCCUUUCCCACACUGUGCGGAUUGUGGUUGGACUGGUGGAACAUAGAGGCUUUCCUUGUUGCAGAAAGGGCGAGAGUCUAUGCUGAAGUUCUGUGGGAUCCGCAGCCUUGCAGAACUUGCGGCAAGAUCCACACUCCGUAUGACCUGAUGAUGACAGCAACAGGUCGGACGAUCAGUAUUACCACUCAGAUUGUGCCCUACGGUGCACUCCUGGGCAAAGCGUCCGAAUACCUGAAUGACCCUCCGUUUAUAUACUGGGGUAGGAAGCUGACUUGCAUGUCUGCAUCCAGAGCACCUGAUACACCCAGACCUCAAAUCAGCAAAAAGAAAAUCGUCCCAAACCUUUUCCUUUAUACUGCUGAAUUUCUUACACUCCUGAUCGAGUACGUGGUCCCGGUUGUCAAGCGAAUCAGCAGCGUUUCUAUUUACAUCUGCUGCCUACUGGGAACGUUCACGCUGACAGAGAAGAAUCUGGUGGAACAGGGGCGAUUUGUAUUGCAAACCGGCUUCAUGUGUGCUGCGUUCAAAGGCCUGAGCGCAUACCUACUGGAUCCUUUGUUGAGCUUUCUUCUUGGAGCUCUUUAUCGUACUUUGGAGGCGGUAGAGGGUAUUCAGAAAAAGAAGCACUACAUUCCCAGAACUGUUGUGGGUCAGGUCAUUGCAGGUGGACCAGUGGCCAUCCUUCUCACAAAUAGCGCCAGCACGAAUAGAUGGGCUUCCUUUGCAGACGGCUUGAUCAUCGGAUGCAUCGCAGGAUAUGUCACGAGCAUGUUGACGCUAGCAGUCAAUGCAUGCUUAGAGCGCAGCAGUCCGCAGCCCGGUGAUCCUCCUCGAAGAGCUGUCAUACCACUUGUCAUCAAAAUAGGCUACUCUCUCACAGUGGGUGUCGCUGUUGGAGUCGUUUCACUCCGUGAUGAGCGAACAAACUCAUUUACAGCCUUUCGAGACAUCCUCGCAUACAGGGAUGACAAGGCGGUGGUGACUGUUCGAGGAGCAGUCACGGGGAUCAUUCUCAGUGCUGCUGCUCAGUUUGUAAGCUUGAAGAUGGUGCUGCUCGAGAACCGACCCUACAAUGAGGACGAUGGUCCUGGCAACUCACUGCGCAACUGGCGAGACUCGCCCACCCAGCGAGUACUGCGGACGGUUCGCCAGCUUGGGGGAGCCGUCGGAGUUCCUUUGUCAGGUCUGAUUGGCAACGUCCUGGCCGAGGCAGUAUUUGGGUCGAGCACCGAACAGAGCGUAGUGAGCAGCACCGUCAAAGCACUCUUCGCUCUCGGAGUUGGAAACUUCUCGGGCAUUGUCCUUGCCUUGGCCGUCAACAAGAUGCUGGACAACCCUCCGCAGCUUGCCGGCUUCUUCACCUUUUUGGGAGUUGCAGUUCUGGCAGCAGAGUGGAAUCCAGUGUUCGGCUUCACGGCAGCUGUGGUCUUCGGCUGUGCGGUUGGAAGUGUUUUCGAAGAAUUCGUUGCUCGUUCUGUAAUGCGCCAGGAGCUACUUCGACGAGAUGCUUGGAAUGAGGUGGAUGAUGAUUUCAUCAACCAAGCAGCCCUUAAGCAGCUGUCAUAUGCAGACUCGGAGCAUGAGACAUUCAGUGAGUACUUUGCUUCUCAACCAACUCGAGAUGACAACCUUCUGAUCGCUCUGGAGGCCGCAUCUGCUAAGGCGAAAACGGCCGAGCUUCUUCAGCAGGCACGCUUGCGUAGGGGUGCCUCGGACAUGAGCGAGGAGGGACUGCGAGCGUCUGCGGAAGCAGAUGAAGAUGAAGCAGAACAGCCCCACGAGGCGCGGAUUGGAACCUUCAACAGCGGCCCGCAGCUCCAAGAUGUCCCUGAUCAUCUCGCUGUGGAGCUUGAUGGCGAAGUUGAGGGAAGCGAGCUAGCACCCAGCAUGGGAGACGUUUCAUCUCGUUCGCUUAGCCAUGCAAGUCUUCGCCCCCCAGAACCACAGCCGAAAGAUUCCGAGUCUGACGAGGAAGAGUCACCUUUGGAAAAAAUGCAGCUGGCAAUUCAGGCCCAGCUGUCUUCCAGGACACAUACCUCUGGCCCGCCGACGUCACGGCCCGAUCUGAGGCAGCCGCCCCAGGAAGUUGGCAACCCCGGGCACUACGAGGAUGCAGCGUUGGAGCAAGAUCUCUUCCAUCGCUGGGAGCGGAGGUCGCGCAGGCCAGCUGACACCCUGCCGGCGCGCAGCCAGCAGAGAAUCAACAUCAGCAACUUGUCGAGACCGAAGCCAAAGGCAGCUCCUUCACGAUUGAGGCCUGUGACAAAAGCAAAGUCGGUUCCCGAGAAGCCUUCGCUGCGAUCGUUGAAACAGUCCUCAACCUUCGCUUCAUCCAUGCUUUCGCAAGACUCAUUGAAGGGGCAGAGCCCUGUGGCCACGAGGCGCACGGAUGGUCAACAGUUGAGCCUGAUGAACGACCCUUCGCAAGCUUCGAACAUGAGAUCGGCCCCACACAGCCCCAAUGGUGAAGGUCAUGAAGUUCUAGAACCAUGA